UUGGCGGUUUGUUUGUAAUCUUUUGAAAUAUAUGAAAUAAAAUCAGAGCGAAGUCAGUUGCGCGUUCAUAGAAUUUGACCGUUUUUAGAUUAAUUUUGAGUAAAUACAAUCUAGAUUUAUUGCGCAUCAAAAUCAAGUUUUUUACUACACUGUGGGGAAUAUAUUAUAUUCUACAACAAUGAGUGCGGAUAUGUUCGACAGUAAAUCUGACGACCAGCUAACACGAGAACGGGGUAUAUGCAUGGAUACCAACUGCGAUGUACGGAAAUACUUCAAUAUUCUGAGGGAAUGCCAGAAACGACUGGAGAAUAAACCCUACACAGCUGAAACAUGCCACCAGGAGACUGUAGACCUCAUCGAAGCCAUCGACCACUGCGUCGCCGACAAGGCCUUUGUCAAAUUUGCUUGAUUAUGGAAUAAAUUAUAUAAUACAA